AUGCCUGAUACACUUCGGGGCACUUCACGUUCGCACCAUCCUGGGAAAACUAGACAGGUGAAGCAGUCGGACUUCAAGCAACUCAUUGAGACCCCUCUUGUUCUUGAGGAUCGUGGCCCUAUAGAUUCAACAUAUCUACUACGCCAUUUGGUUCAAGUCGUUGGUGAAAAGUUCGGUGAUCGCCUGCGCUCUAUUGGCGGUAUGCCAGAGAAUUCAGAUAACCCUGGUGUAUAUCUGAACAUUCUCUGGAGUGCAUCGAAUCAUCAAAGGAUGUGGCUUUAUGUGGGCCAAUCCAGCAAGCUUUCUGAGCGCAUCGCGAACCAUAAUGAUCCUUGGUAUCGGCGUACGCAUGCGAGCCUUCACUACCAUGUCUGGGAUUCCGUCAAGGAUAUUGAGUCUACAUUCGUCACCCUAGUCGAGCUGAAGUCAAGUACAACCAAUGCAGAUGCUUGUCUGCUUAACAUUCAGGAAAUGUGGAUGGCUUGUAUCUUUCAGACGCUUACCGCCAAGCACUUAGACGAAUACCUUCCUCUGGGUGUCUGUAGAAUGUGGUCCACUCGCCACUUGAACGUCGUUCCCCCAAUCUGGCAAGGGUUUACCGGAAAUGACUCCGCUCCUGCCGAGGCAUGCGGUGGAAGGGAAGCAUUCCAGAAUUUGCUUCUAUCGCCAGAUCCUGAGAUCCGCAGGUGGGCAAAAGCUGUAAGGGAUUCAUUUAAUGACCUUCGAAACUCUCCUGAUCCCAUCCUUCGGUACUACUACUCCGACAUCAUGGCCCGAAAUAGAAAGUUGGCAGAAAAGGCUGUUGAGAUGAGAAAAAUGAAGGAGUUACAAAAUGUUCUCACAAAUGGGUCACAGAAGACGGUUUCGGGGUACGAUGAUGAUCGGAGCGCUCAGACUUUGGUUUGCAGUGAUUUUUGCUUCAUUAUCUCCCGAUCUCUCAAACUGGGACUUCGGGUGGGCGACCAGGUGCAAUUACGGUUUCAUCUCACUGAAGCACCGACCCAGUUCGCCUAUGCCAAUAAGGCUCUACCAACGGACCCUGCAAGCCGACUGGUCGUUUCUAUCGAGGGAAUCGGAAAGAAUGGCUCUUUUCAUGUCUGUUUAUCAAGUCGGGGAGAGCGUAUAGUGAGAAAGAUGAAUAGCCUUAUGGACGCUUUGGAAGGGUACACACUGGAGGAAUCAAAAUCAUUCAGUCGCCGAUGGUACGUACAGAGGAGGACUGGGACCUCUGUGAGAGACAUAAUUUAUACCUGA